UGUCAGUCACCGAGGGAGGCUGGUCUUCCUGCUUUUGCCGAGGUCACGUGCUCGGGUUUGCUUAGUGUUUUGCCAGGAUCUUCUAGUUGAGGGUGUACUUUCCAUACAAUAUCUCGGAAUUCACCCGGAGCGCGCCUGCUGCCCUGCCACAUGAGAGGUUCCAUCAUGGUUUCUCCAUUAUUAGGUUCUACAAGUAUUUCCAGUGUAUUUUUUGUCUUUUUUAUGACCUUCAUUGCACUCGCCCAAGGUGACUGUGGGCCUCCUCCUGAAGUUAAUCAUACUAAACCAAUUCCGGUGACAACAUUUUCUGUGGGAGUUUCUGUAGUGUAUCAAUGUGAUAGGGAUAGCGGUUAUUAUGAAAAUCCUGGAAUGAGUAAAACUAUAACCUGUCAGGAUGACUCCACAUGGACCCAAAUUUCAGAAUUGUGCAUACGUGCUUGUAAGCCCCCUCCCAGAUUACAAUAUGGAGAGUUAAAGCAAACAUUCAUUGAUAUGAACGUUUUCAUCAAAGGCCAAGAAGUGGAAUAUUCGUGUAGGCCUGGGUACCGACGAGCUCCGCGCACUGUAACCAAAAUUACUUGCCAGGAAGACUUCACAUGGUCAGCUCCUGAAGAAUUCUGUAUCCGAAAGAGCUGCUCAAAUCCUGGAGAAAUUGAAAAUGGAGAAAUGCUUGCUGAAAAUUUUCUUUUUGGCUCCAGAGUUACCUACACCUGCAAUGAAGGGUUCCGGAUGAUCACAAGAAGGAAUUAUAGAGACUGUCAGGCAGAUGGAACUUGGACUAAUGAGCUACCAGUAUGUGAUGCUCAAAUCUGUACGCCUCCUGAUACAUCUGGUAAUUUGGCAAUAAUUUCCCCAAAGGAUCAGUAUCAGUACCUGGAUUCUAUAAGCUAUGAAUGCAAAAAUGGUUUAGAACUUAUUGGUACAGCUUAUUCACAUUGUACAGCUAAUGGGACUUGGGGUUCUUCUCCACCUGAGUGCAAAGGCGUCAAUUGCCCAGAACCUGUUGUUCCCAACUCUGUAAAGGAAUCUGGAUUUGUGGGUCCAUACAAGCUGAAUUUUGGUGUCACAUUUAAGUGUAAAGAAGUAAACAUUAUGAUUGGAUCUAGCAGUGUUAAAUGUAAUGCUGACAGUCAGUGGACGCCAGAAUUACCACAGUGUGUGGAUGGUUGUUAUUCACCUCCUGUCAAAAAUUCUGAAGAGCUGAAUCCAAAUUAUAGAACACAGACCAUCUUCCUUAAGGGUGCCAGAGUAGAAUAUUCCUGUGUGACUGGAUAUGAAGCAAGGUCUGAACUUGCUAGAACAUGCAAUGGUCGAUUAGAGUGGACUGAUAUGCGUGAAUCCUUAUGUACACCGAUAUUGUGUGCUGAUCCUGGACAAAUUAAGAAUGCACAUCGACAAGAUGACAGUUCUGAACCCAAGUUUGCAAUUGGCUCUACAGUAACCUACACAUGUAAACAGGGUUACCAGAUGUCAUCACUAUUCAACUCUAGGACUUGUCAGACUAAUAAACAAUGGAGCAAUGAACCACCUGUUUGUAUAGGUGGAGCAAUAAACUGCUCACAAAUUCAGAAUAUUGCAAAUGGAUCACAUAAACCAAAGAAGGACGAAUAUGAGCCUCCUGAGACUGUGCACUUUACAUGUAAUUCUGAGUUUGAACUAAUUGGAGAAGAAUCGAUAUUUUGCAAGGCCGAUGGAACAUGGAGUAAUAACAUCCCUCAGUGCAAAGAACGUCCACCUACUCCCACUGGGCUGAUUGUGGGAAUAAUUGUAGCUGUCAUAGUUUGUAUUCUUGUGGUCAUUAUCUGUCUGUGCUGCCAUAAGAAAAAAAGAGGUAUAUACAAUGCUGAAACUCUCCAAAACACAUUACCAAAGUAUGAGAAAGCUGUAGAUCAAACUAUAAUUAAACCAGAGCCUGCAAAUUACACUGCUCAUUAUACAACUUGCAAAGAUUAAUUACUGCUGAUGAGCCAUUUAAUAGAAAUCGCGGACUUCUCCAAUGAACCAAAGUAACAGCGGUGCAAACAUAUCCCCCUUGUUUCUAUGGAAUGGAUCCUAUGCUUUUUUUUUUUUUAGGAAGGCUCCACGGGUGGCUGGUGGAAGCUUUAAUUAUGAGCCUGUUUUUGAACAUUUUUGGACAUAACAACGUUGCUUUAAUAGAUUUCAACCCUAUCUUCAAAUCCAAUAUCAUCAGAUAGGACUGAAUUAAAAGAUGUAGGAUUCAUUUAACCCCUUAAGGACCAAACUUCUGGAAUGAAAGGGAAUCAUGACAUGUCACACAUGUCAUGUGUCCUUAAGGGGUUAAAGAUUGGAAGCCAGACAAGUUUGAAAUUGACUUUAUUCAGCAAGCCGUCCUUUCUUUGUUGAUUUUGAUAUUUCUAAAGUAGCUGUUAACCUCCACACUUCUGUUUUAAUAGCUUGCUUUGAUUCACAAUCCUUUAGUAUCAACUUAACCU